GGAAGUGAUGACAUCACUAUCUGUAAAUCACGUUCAUCCCGCUGUGCAAGUCCUUGUCAAAAGGACUCAAGGAAUCCAGCCAAACAGACAGGUGCCAGUUUCACUAAAACGGAAUAGCGACAAUAAGAGCGUGAAUGGAGGCUCUUCUUAUGGCUAGGGAGGCCCUCGUGUGCCCUCUGUGCUGCGAGGUGUUCAAGUAUCCGGUGACCCUCCUGUGCGGACACAGCUGCUGUAAGAUGUGCCUGCAGGACUUAUGGGAGCGAAAGGGCGCGCGCGAGUGCCCCAUCUGCCGCCGGCUAGAGAUCACGCAGCGGCCGCCCAUCAACCUGACGCUGAAGAUCGCCGCGGACAGGUUCCAGCUGGAGCAGAGGGCCGCUGCCACGAUGAAACUGGAGGAGGUCUGUGCCGCGCACAACGAGACAUACAAGCUUUUCUGCCAGAGAGACGAACUGCCAAUCUGUCUCGUCUGUCAGCUGUCGAAGGAACACAAAAACCACGAGUGCUGCGCCAUCGCGGAUGCAGCCAAGGACCGCAAGGCUGGCAUCUCUCCCAGGUACAACUCGCUGUCUAAUCAUCUCAGCACCCUUGAACGAGUCCGAGACAACUGGGGGGAGACGGAGGUCUACAUUAAGACCCAGGCAGAUGAGACGGAGCGGCUGAUAAAGGAGGAGUUUCAGAAGCUGCACAGUUUCCUGUGGGAGGAGGAAGCUGCUCGACUGACCCUGCUGAGAGAGGAGGAGGAGAGGAAGGCCGAGAGGGUGAGGACCAAGCUGGACGACAUUUGUAAGCAGGUGGAAGAUCUGUCUGCAAUCAUAAGAGAUGCAGGUGAAACCAUGAACAACAGCGACAUCAAGUUUCUAAAAGACUACAAGAAAACAAUAAGCAGGCUGCGCUACACCAUGCAGGAGCCAGAGGUGCUCAGCGAGGCUCUGAUCGACUCUGCACUGCACGUGAGCUCACUCAAGUACGACGUGUGGAAGAAGAUGGCGGCCAUGGCUCAUCACUGUCCUCUGUAUCUGGAUCCCAACACAGCACAGGCCAACCUCAUCCUUUCCGAUGAGUUCACCAGUGUGCAUUAUGGGAAAAAGCGUCCGGUGCCUAGCAACCACGAGCGCUGUAGCAGCCGCAUGGCAGUGCUCGGUGCGGCGGGCUUCACGUCGGGGAAGCACUCCUGGGACGUGGACGUGGGCGAGGGCACCAACUGGUACAUCGGGGUCGCCCGCGAGUCCAUCAACAGGAAGGACACGGUGUUUCUAAACCCCGCUGAGGGAUUCUGGGUAAUCGGAUUGUGCAACAGCGACAACUACUGGGCACAGACAUCCCCCCGCACUCGUCUGGUUGUGCGGUCCAAGCCACAGCGCAUCACUGUGGAGCUGGACUACGACAAAGGCAAAGUCACCUUCCUCAACGCCACAGACUGCUCCGUUAUGCACACGUUCAGAGACAAAUUCACAGAGAGGGUGUUUGCGUUCUUUUCGCCGGGUAUGUAUGAAGAGGGCAAGAGCAGCCCGAGCCCCCUUAAAAUCUGCCCCCUGAAGAACUCCAUCCUGCUCUACUGACCCCUGUCCAGCAACACAAUGUAGCGCUUUCUACUGACCCGUCCUGUCCAGCAACACAAUGUAGCGCUUUUACUUUAAACUGCUUUUUUAACUACUUAACGGUUUCAAACUCACUUUGUUGCCACAGUGACACACAGUAAGGAAAAUAGUAUCUGACGAUGCCGAUGCAUGCCUGGAACAUUGUACUGUUGUUCUCAUGGGUAGGAGCAUCGCUUCUUUUCAUUGGUUGUAGACACAUUUGGAACUCCCUUAGCACUAAAUGGCUGAGGAAACUGAUAAAAAGGGGAAUUC